GGCACGUCUGAACUUGUGCCCCGAGCUGUUACCGCGUGCACAGCAGGCGCAGGGCGUAUUAUAGAGGUGUUCGGUCUGCUCCCUCUCCAUCCGACAUUAUAGCAGAAGGGUCAAUCAUGAACAACUUCGGUCGAGUUUUGGCCGCUGUGCCAUCAUGCGUGGCUCAGCAGCAACAGGCCCGUGGAAUGGCCACACUGAAGGCCAUUUCCAUCCGCCUCAAGUCCGUCAAAAACAUUCAGAAGAUCACCCAGUCCAUGAAGAUGGUGUCUGCUGCCAAGUAUGCCCGAGCUGAGCGAGACUUGAAGCAGGCCCGCCCUUACGGAGAGGGUGCUGCUGCCUUCUAUGAACGAGCUGAGGUUACCUCAACAGAAGAGAAGCCAUCAAAACUUUUAAUAGCCGUUACCUCCGACCGUGGUUUGUGCGGUGCUGUGCACACUGGUGUUGCCCGUCAAAUCCGUAACGAGCUGGCCACCGAUGAUGGCUCAACCAAGGUGGUCUGCAUUGGUGACAAGUCUCGCGCUAUUCUUCAGAGGCUGUACGGCAAGCAUCUGUUGUUGGUUGCCAAUGAAGUCGGCAGGAAACCACCAUCUUUCCUGGAUGCUGCCAGGAUUGCCACAGAGAUCGCUAAGCUGGAUUUCACCAGUGGCAAGAUUAUCUUCAACAAAUUCAAGUCUGUGGUGUCAUACCAGGUGUCAGACCUGCCUCUGUUCAGCUUGGAUUCUGUGUCUAAGGCACCCAAAAUCACGACUUAUGAUUCUUUGGACGAUGAUGUCAUCAAGAGCUACAUGGAAUUCUCCCUGGCCUCCAUGCUCUAUUACGCCAUGAAGGAGGGUGCUUGCUCUGAGCAGUCCUCUCGUAUGACAGCCAUGGACAACGCCAGCAAGAACGCCGGUGAGAUGAUUGAGAAGCUGACUCUUACAUUCAACCGAACUCGCCAGGCCGUCAUUACCAGGGAACUUAUUGAAAUUAUUUCUGGUGCCUCAGCUUUGUAAAUCAAUUUCAUUGAACCUUAAAGUAGUGAAUGCCUCUACGGCUUCAUCAAUGCUAGCGGGCAACAACACUGUCAGUGUAAUUGACCCAGAUUUUAUAAAAAGCUCAUCUGUGUACCACUUUUUUUUAACUUCACAUAAAACAAUCAAUCUUAUGCUGUGCAUAAGUGAUGCAUUUGGUUCUCUGGGAAAUGUCACUAGCUCUGAUCCAUGUACAAACUUUCUAAAGCUAUUAUCAUGAAUAAAGAGGAUUCAUGGAA